UUUAGGCUUAUAUACGCACACACCCCACAACUAAGCUUGAUCAAGAAACAACAUGGCAGCAUCAGCUGAAGCAAAUAAUAGGAACAUGAAGGGAAGAAAGAAAUCAUCAUCCAGAGGCCACCACCGGUUCGUCGGAGUUCGUCAAAGGCCGUCCGGACGGUGGGUGGCUGAAAUCAAAGACUCCUUUCAGAAGGUCCGUCUUUGGCUUGGAACAUUCGACACAGCCGAGGACGCAGCUCGCGCCUACGACACAGCCGCGCGUGCUUUGCGCGGCGCCAACGCUCGCACCAACUUCGACUUGCCGGAUCCUUCUGCCCCUGGAGGCGGCAGCGGCGCCACCCAACACGGUGGCAGUUUCAGCUACAAGCCGGAGAAUCUCGAGCCCUUCUCGUUCGAGGACACCGGAGGUGAUCAUGACCUCCUCGGAGCCCUCAAGGCCAAGCUACUUAAUGACAAGGGAGAAGUCAGACUUCCUUCUCAAUUAUCUAAUAAUCAUAGCUUAGUCUUCACGGGAUUUGUAAACCCUAAUAAUAAUCCUGGAUUUUCAAGCACGUCUUCACCAGGCACAAGCAAAGGUGCGAAGAAUAUUCACACUGAUAAUAAUAGUAAUAUCUUCAUCUCAGAUCACCAUCAUGGGGUUCCUAUAGCAGCAAAUGAUUCUUCGGUGCCCUUAAUGAAUUCAUGGUCCAAUAACAACGAGACAGGUAAUAACUACGAAUUGCCUUGGCCUACAGGUCCUACACAGAUCAUGAACCAAGUUCCUGAAAAUAAUAGUUUGUUUGCAUCUUCAAGUAAUUCUCCAAUGUGGCCACUAUCUGGGGUCAACGUUAUUGAUCAGUCUACGAUGAGUAUGAUGUAUUCUGACGUCGAUGUGGGAGACAAGAAUAACCUUAUUAACAUCGACCAGAGAGAACAUGAUUCAGAUAGAUCAGUAGUCUUAGGAUACUCUGAUUGUAAUAACCAAAAUAUGAUUAUGUAUUCUGAUAAUCAUGGGGCUUCAAAUAGCAGAAGUAAUGCUCAAAUUGGAGGAUUCGCCGAAGGGUUAUGGACAACAACAGAUCAUCAGCAGCAGCAAGUUCUUGUGCAGUGUGACAAUAAUGGUAGUUGGUUUAGUUCGAAUAAUAAUGGUGCGUGGGAUCCUUUGCUUUUUAUGUCGUCUGAAUUCGGUUGAUUGUUUUAAUUUUAGAAGUCAAAGGAAUUAAGCUGUAUGUAUAUUGAUUGUUCUUCGUCUUCAAAUAAUAAUCAUUCUUUUAAA